AUUUUUCACUGCAUUUUUUGCACUCGGGAAAAAAGCAUAAAUCCCAGAAAUUCCAGUUCCGCUGUUUAUAGCCGUUGAUCGGGAAUUGAUGGCGGACUGGCACCAAUUCUUUCAAUCGGUGUUGUUGGGGCUACUAACCUUCUCCUACCUCCUCGCGAAGCUAUUCUCCGUUAUACUCUCCUUCCGCGACGAGAAUCUGAGGAUCACGCGCGAUGAUUCAUCGGAACCCGAAGCUCAAGAGAAAGCCGCAGAUUUUUGGGAUGAGAAUGAACCCUUGAUCCCCGGAGAUGGGGUAACGGGGAAUGAAAGCGUGGUGACUAGUGAUCAUAGUGAUAGUGAUGACGAUUGGGAGGGCGUUGAGAGUACCGAGUUGGAUAAGAUCUUCAGUGUCGCCACUGCGUUUAUUGCGGCCACGGCUGCAGAUAGGGCGGCCGUGAAGGCGUCCAACGAUGUCCAGCUUCAGCUCUAUAGCUUGUAUAAGAUUGCGAUCGAGGGACCGUGUUCCGCUCCCCAGCCUUCGGCCUUAAAAAUGACUGCUCUUGCGGGAUUAGGAUAUAUUCGUUUCAGAAACAUGUUAUUCUUUAAUAUGAAGCCUGAAGUUAGAAAAUUACAGUGGCAAGCAUGGAAGAAAUUGGGUGCUAUGCCUCGUGAAGAAGCAAUGGAGAAGUACAUUGACAUUGUUUCGGAGUUAUAUCCCACUUGGGCUUCUGGCCUUGCCAAUCAUAAGAAGAGAGAUGAAAGUACCAGCGAUACAUCUAUGGGAGGUGCCGGGUGCCUGUUUUUAGUACAUUUGCUUAUGAAGAGGAAUCAGGAAGUGACUUGUGGGUAUUCUAACUAUUUCAUUUAAUGUUCUAUACUUCCAUGUCCUCCAUCAUAUCCUCUGUAUUGUCUACAUGUUUCUUGAUUUCUGUGACAUAAUCUUUUAUAUCUAACUAUAGUUUAUCCCAGUAUAAACAAGGAUAAUACUAGAUAUGGUUGUUGAAGAACAUUAAAUGCUAGCUUUUUGAGAUCUUAUUGCAAGACUUGUCUCUCACUCUAUCCUAUCCACCCACAAGGGCAUGGGCAUCUUUUCUGUGGCUGACUGGCUAUAUCUUUUUUUGGAAUCAAACACCUUAAUGGUUCAUUCA